UGUUAGGCAGACUCAUAGCUAAAUUAAUAGCGCUUUGACCUCCAGGACUCUUUCUCCCCAAAGAACAUUGGAGAUCAAAUUACGAUCCAAUACCUAGUAUCAGCCUCCUGUUGUUUAUUGGUGGCACUUUCUUUAACCUUGUCUACCUAUUUGUGUUAGGAAAGUACUUAGUACGUGUAAGCAAGGUUUGUAAUAAUAACCCGAAAUCUAAUAUUGACUUGGUUUUUUUUCUUCUAUUCUACCACGAACCCUCCCUCUCCUUUCUCGAAGAUUCGUCACAUCGAUUGUACAUUGCACCGGCUCAACAUCAUUUACGCCGUCUUUGUCAACGGCUGCCAUUACUCGUCUUGAGUUUAGGGUAUCUGGCAGAUGCACUCACUAUCUUAACCCGCACCGCCUUACCACUGCACCAACGCACCGCCGCGUUAUCGUCAAAAUGGACGAGAAGCGUUUAUCCGGUGCUACUGGUAGCAGGCUCAGUGCCAUCCCUAGACCGACGUCACGGCUCCCUGUGCCUCGAUCGAGUAUUUCGAAUGUGUCAGCUGUCACUUCUACGCCUCAAACACAACAACCUACUGAGCCCACACGCGGACGUCCGACCCAAUCGGUGAAUACGAGUGAGGUUCGAAAUCCUCGAUUACGCGCGACAGCUUCAAGAGAACAUAUUGGUGCACCAGGCGCACCAUCGACAGUACGCAGAACCCAGAGGUCGGCCGCACCACCCAUAAGCUCACAGGCCAAUCGCCGAGACCUGGGUACUGGAAGUCGUAGCGUGUCUCGCGGAUCUGGGCACGUCGCUGGAAAAGAUAGUCGAGAUAUCCGUGACGACUCUUUCAAGAAACCCUUGGUCCCCCGACGACGACCUUCAACUCAGUUUACUAUUGCCUCUCCCACGCCAUCAAACCAAGGGGCGUUAUCGCCCGAAGAAGAUGACGAUGUAGCUGUCGAAUCGCUUCCACCGCUGAUGAGGUCUUCCGACGACGACGUUACGUUUGAUACCCUUAUGUCGAAACCGAGGAAGCCUCGCCCGUCACUUACAGAGAGAACGAUGGAGACACUUUCGCAGUUACCCUCGUCUCCUGCCUUUAAACGACGUGGCAGUGACUUUUUUGGGACUGAAGCACCACGGAGACCUCAAUCUAAGGGAAGCAUGGGAUCGAGGUCAAGAGCAGGCUCGAGACCUGGCUCUAGUUAUCAGUCCGAUGGUUCGACCAUACGACCAGCUAGAUCCUUAAGUCGGCCAGGAUCUAGCUCGGGUCAAGUAGACAACCACUACCCCAACUUCCGAGCCUCCACCAACACCUACAAGCCGCCUCUAUCAACUGUCGUAGGAACUCCAACAAAAAGGCCAUCUGCUACCGGAUCCAGGACUCCCCGGCCUGGCUUAAGCAAAGCUCCGUCUCGGUCUUCGUUGUCGGGUUCGGUUGGCCCGUCGACGCCGAGUCCAACCAAGCAUCUCGAUGCUUCCGUCUCUAGGCUCGGGUCGAAGACCGUUUCUACCCGUCCCCUCAAGCCGAGGGCCUCGAUGAAUAACCUAUACAGACAACCCUCGUUACCAUCACUGGAUAGAUCGAUCUCGGAUGUGCCACCAGGCCCCUAUCGCAAAGCUUCGCUUGUGUCCGCCAAGUCUUCUAGCACGUCUGGUGAUGGCCGUAACCUUUCAAGUGCCUCCACUGCUUCUACGGCGUUGACAGUGGACUCUAUCGAGGAAGCGCCCGCGUCUGCGGUUAGAAAGUCGUCUGCCGCACUGCGGGACCAGAUUGCAAAGGCAAAAGCCGCGAAGCGAGCUGCGUCACGGCAGGCUUCGGUAGCUAUGAGACCCGAAGCCGAGGAAGCCCCCGUCGUUCCUACAGACACUACAUUUGAUUUCGGGCUGUCCGAUGACCCUUUCGGCCAACGUAGAUUCGAGAAUGCGAACCGCCAAGUUAUGCAAUCUCGAAUUGAUACUGCAAGAACUACUGGAAGACUUAAUAUUGCAGCUAUGGGUCUUAGACAGAUCCCUGUAGAAGUUUUGAAGAUGUACGACUUGGAGUCCGUGGAUGGCCCUGGUAGUGCAUGGGCCGAGAGUGUGGACCUGACCAGGUUCGUGGCCGCCGACAAUGAGCUAGAAACUAUCGACGAUGCCAUCUUCCCAGAUUCUGAUCCGAAUGAUUUCUCAAGCGAAGAGGAAUGUGAGGGGCGCAUAUUCGGCGGACUGGAGUCCUUAGACUUGCACGGUAAUAUGUUAAUAGCUCUACCUAUGGGCCUGAGGCGUCUCCAGCUACUCACUUCGUUAAACUUGGCGUCGAAUAAACUUACGAAUAAUUGCCUCGAGGUAAUCUCGCAGCUGAGUACGGUUCGAGAUUUGAAGCUCGGCAAUAAUCUUCUUUACGGCCGUAUGGAAGAGAACUAUUUUUCUAACUUGCAAAAUCUCGAGAUCCUUGAUCUGCACGGCAAUAAUAUCUCAUCUCUGCCAGAUGGUAUCGAUAAGCUGGGGCGCCUCCGCAUGCUUAACUUGAACGAGAAUGCUUUCGAGACAUUGCCAUUCGGAAGUCUCUCGAUGCUCCCGCUUACUGAAUUGCUGGCUCGCAAGAAUAAACUCUCUGGGACACUGAUAGGCCCUGGCGUAGAAGGCUUCCCGCAGCUUCAGAUACUCGACGUGGCGGCUAACCAGCUACAAUUGAUUGUAGACGGCGCUCAACCUUUGGAGCUGCCAUCGCUCCAUCAGUUUACCAUAUCUUUGAACCGCAUCGUAUCACUUCCCGAUGUGAGUUCCUGGGCCAGUCUCCUCACCAUCAAUGCGGACGAGAACAGCAUAACUGCCUUCCCAGAAGGCUUUACCAGUCUCCGAAACUUGCGCCAUGUUGAUUUUACCAGCAAUGAUAUUCGGGUCAUCCCACCAGAGGUCUCUCGGAUGGACAGUAUCGCAAUGUUGCGAAUCACUGGCAAUCCUUUAAGGGAUAGGAAGUUUACGUCGCUCACGACAGAGGAGCUGAAGGAUGUGCUGGCGGCAAGGAUGGAGCCGGCAAACCAGCCUGAAACCGGCGGAAUGGUGCAUUUUGGAAAUGGAUCCUCGGCCGCUCCACCUGUCAAUAAUAGUAGCGCGAGCUUAGUCGCGCCAGCAAGCGGUGAUGACGACGACGAGGGACGCUUGACAGAUGUUGACGACUUUGCUACGCCACCGACCUCAGCACCUCCUUCUCCGGCUCGUUCUCGAUCUCACACACUGACUAGCCAAUCGUGGCCUAUGAAGCCAGGCGGUCUUCUUGAUCGGUCGGAUACGCAAUCAUCUAGUUUACAUCCGGUCAUUUGCUCCAAGAUUUCUGCGGCUCAUACUGUGCGUGAAGUACGCCUCCAGCAAAAUACCUUUACCCAAUUUCCGAACUCGUUGUCCUUUUUUACGGAUACGAUUACCUCCCUGUCGAUGGCACAGAACCAGCUUACGGGAGAGAGCUGGUUAACGGAGCCGAUUGAUCUUACGGCUCUCCGAGAGCUUUCUCUAGCUUCAAACUUCAUCACAAGCCUUACGCCUCUCACGACAAAUCUCUGUGCACCGAAUCUAGUGAAGGCAGACUUUUCAUUUAACAGAAUAGUAAAACUCCCGGUCCUGCGGGAGUUCUUCCCAAGCCUCACCAUCCUACUUGUCUCCAAUAACCGCCUAGAAGAGCUUGACCCGGAGUCCAUCAAAGGCAUGAAAGUGGUGGACGCUAGCAAUAACGAAAUUGCGCAUUUGAACCCACGUAUCGGGCUCCUCGGCGGCACGGGCAGCCUCGAGAAGUUGGAGGUUACCGGAAACCGCUUCAGAGUUCCUAGGUGGAAUGUGCUGGAGCGAGGGACCGACGCAACGCUCCGGUGGCUCAGGGGUCGCGUCCCAGUUGCCGAAAUGGCCGAGUGGAAGGCAAGAUCGGGGGAAGCUGAAGAGGAUAGUUCCAACGAGGUUGAUUGAUAUUACCUAAUAAAUUAAUAGACCAGAGCCGGCAAAUGACAGCCACUGUAUUUCUGGUUGAGGCGUCUUGGGUGGUUAUGAUGCGAUACCCUGCCGGCAUAUCCUAUGCCGUGAUAUAGAUACUAGGUCCCGUUCGCACGACACUAAGGGAGUUGGUUGAAUUGGGGGGUUUGAGAAUGCAUACUGGUUAUGGAGUUUGGGGAAAAGGAGGUGAAGCCUUACGAGAACAAAAACCAGUCAUGUGAACUGUUAAUAUUUGCGUGUACGAAUAAAAGGUGUGAAUUUGCCCUAUUAUUCUUAUGGAAGUUUCGACUGGUAUAUAAUAAUUGUGUGCAUUCAAGAGCAUUCAAGAUAUCUGGAUUUGUCUACUAGGCAUAUAUCGAAAAAGCCGCCUGGGCAUGUUUAUAGCGUAGAUUCAGCAUAUUACUAAUAAGUACCUAAUAGGUACUACC